AUGCUUACAAAGUCGAUAGCAACGCCUUUGCUGGCGCUCUCGUCGCUCGUCUCACACGCUGCUGCUGUGUCCAAGAAGCAGUGGAGCAAGCGUAGCGACAAUAUCUACCUGCCCAUGGACGUGGAUGACUACAAGACGGCUACGGCGCCCAACAAUGUCACCAUUCGGUACAAGAACCCGGGCAUCUGCGAGACAACGCCUGGUGUAGACAGUUACUCUGGAUAUGUGGAUCUCGCUCCAAAUGUCCAUGUUUUCUUUUGGUUCUUCGAGUCCCGCAGAGACCCGGCAUCCGACCCAUUCACCCUUUGGUUGAACGGAGGCCCGGGAUCCGACUCGCUGAUUGGUCUCUUUGAGGAGAAUGGACCAUGCUCUAUCAAUGACAACCUCACGGCUGUGUACAACCCCUACAGCUGGAACAACAUUUCCAACAUGCUGUACAUCUCGCAGCCAGUGGGCACGGGCUUCAGCUAUCAGAAGGAGGCCGUUGGCAGCACAAACGUGUGGUCAGGGGACUUCCACUACAACUCGACCGAAUACCCGGCUACCGGACGAUGGUCAAUUCUGGAUCCACUGAACGAGGGCGAUAUCGACACGACCGAUCUUGCUGCUGUGGCCGUAUGGCAUGUGUUCCAAGCUCUGCUGGCUACCAUUCCCAAGUUUGACGCCAAGCUUGGUCCUCUGAGUCCUUCGCGGGAAUUCAAUCUGUUCACCGAGUCGUACGGAGGCCACUACGGCCCAGCGUUCUUCCGCUACUUUUACGAGCAGAACCUGAAGAUCCAAAAUGGCAGCAUGCCCGGCUACCCAAUGAACUUCAACUCGCUGGGUAUAAUCAACGGCAUCAUCGACGAAUCCGUCCAGGCUGCCCACUACCCCGAGUUCGCCGUCAACAACACAUACGGAAUCAAGGCGUACAACGACACCGUCUACUCGUAUGCCAAGUUUGCAAACGAAAUGUUCAACGGCUGUCUCUUCCAGAUUGGCAAUUGCCGCGGUGCCGCCGAAAACAAUGGAUCCUACUACCACGUCGACGCGCCCAUUACCCAGAAGGAACUCACGCCCGGCGUCAAGGGCAUAUGCAGCGAGGCCGAGAUGAUGUGCCGCGACAAUGUCGAAUCACCAUACUACUACUACAGCGGGCGUGGUGUCUACGACAUCCGCCACCCAUACGACGACCCCACGCCACCGUCCAACUACGGCGACUACCUCAACCUACCCGAGGUGCAGCAAGCACUCGGCGUCACGCUCAACUACUCGGGCAGCAAUGCCAUUUACUACGCCUUCCAGAACACGGGUGACUUUAUCUUUCCCAACUUCCGCCUCGACCUCGAGUACUUGCUCGACCAGGAUGUGCGCGUCAGUCUGGCCUACGGUGAUGCCGACUACAUCUGCAACUGGUUCGGUGGCCAGGCCAUUAGUCUGGCGGUUGACUACACGCACAGCAAGGAGUUCCGGGCUGCGGGCUACGAGGCCAUGAUGGUCGAUGGAACAGAGUACGGCGAGGUGCGUCAGUACGGCAACUUUAGCUUUGCGCGUAUCUACGAGUCUGGGCAUGAAGUUCCUUACUACCAGCCCGUCGCGGCCCUCGCCUACUUCAACCGCACACUGAACCACUACGACAUUGCUACCGGCGACGUCAAACUCACAGCCAACCUAACGACUUGGGGCCCGGCAAACGCCACACACACGAAUUCGUUUGUGCCGCUGACUUCGUCGCUGAUCCAGCAGUUUAUGAUUCCCAUUUACCCGACGCCCACGCCCACGUCGGCGUAAUAGACUAGCUGCUAUGAUGCUUCGCGUGCGUUUGAUGGAAAUGCCCGUGUGUUGUUUG